AUGCACUUGAUCCCUUCUGAUUUCGCCCAGUUUUCUCGUUAUGGGCUGCUUCGCCGGUACGGACCGCGCCGUCGCCUUUUUCAGGCCUUGUUGAUCAGUUUCGCUCUCUGGACUGUCCUAGAAGUGCUGCUCAUCUAUCAACGGGUCUCAACAGCGGACGCGAUCAAGCCUCGUUUGCCACACCGACCGGAGCGAAUAUACAUUACGAGCAUGCACUGGAACAACGAGGAGAUUCUUCGGAGUCACUGGAAUGACGCAAUCAUUCAAUUGGCUGGAACAUGGGGUACGGAGAACGUUUUUGUGAGUGUCGUUGAGAGCGGAAGCUGGGAUGAUACAAAGGGAGCGCUUCGUGAUCUUGAUGUCGAGCUGGAUCGACUCGGUGUGCGACGGAACAUCACCCUUUCAGACACGACUCACGAGGAUGAAAUUUCGGUUUCUGCUUCGAGUGAAGGCUGGAUAGAUACCCCUCGCGGUCGCAAGGAACUCAGGCGGAUACCUUACUUGGCUCGGCUUCGCAACAUGACCUUGCGCCCUCUGGAGGAUCUUGAACGACAAGGUAUAAUAUUUGAUAAGAUUCUGUUCUUGAAUGAUGUGGUAUUCACCGUGGAUGAUGUUAUUGAACUGCUGAACACAAACGAUGGGAUAUACGCUGCCGCUUGCUCUCUAGACUAUUCUCGACCCCCGCUCUAUUAUGAUACUUUUGCGUUGAGGGAUAGCAAUGGCGAUGAGCAUGUUAUGCAAAAGUGGCCUUAUUUUCGUUCUACAAUAUCUCGGCAUGCGCUCUUCAACAUGUCCCCAGUCCCUGUGAAGAGUUGCUGGAAUGGCAUGGUGGUUAUGCCCAUUGAGCCCUUCAUGUCGGGCACGCCGCUGCGAUUUCGCGGGGUUCCCGAUUCUCUAGCACUAUUCCAUCUGGAGGCCUCUGAAUGUUGCUUGAUCCACGCGGACAAUCCUCUCUCAGGGCACAAGGGCGUUUACCUGAAUCCUAAGGUCCGUGUUGGUUAUAAUGGCGCCGCAUACGCAGAAGUUCAUCCUGCUGGCUCCUGGCUGUCUCCACAAUAUAUCGCCUUAGGUCUGUGGGAGAACAGAUUCCGACGUUGGGCUACCACGCCUCUUUUCAAGAAGUUGGUCGUUCGACGGAGAGUCGCCCAAUGGAAGGUUCUCUCUGCCGGCCGGCAUGAACCCGGCGACUUCUGUUUGAUUAACGAGAUGCAGGUGCUCGUUGCUAAUGGCUGGGCCCAUGUAUAG